AUGGGACAUCUCGGUCGUCGCAACGGUGACUCCCGUCAAUACAGUAGCGCCCUUCGCAAAUAUUUCUGGGUUUGUAGACAGGAGAAUAGCAGCAGAUCGACAGCGCACGACCACUUCCCCUACUAUUCGAAGACUUGCUACGACACUUUCGUCGUGGGCAUCUCUGCAGACAUGUCUCGCCAGAUCAACCAACCGAGCAACCAAAUACGGCUGACGAACGUGUCCCUCGUGCGGCUGAAGAAGGGCAAGAAGCGGUUCGAGAUCGCGUGCUACAAGAACAAGGUCCUGGAGUGGCGGUCGGGCAUCGAGACGGACCUGGACGAGGUACUACAGAUCCCCAACGUGUUCCUCAACGUGUCCAAGGGGCAGACGGCGCCCGCGGCCGACCUGGCCAAGGCCUUCGGCAAGGACCGCGCCGCCAACGACAUCAUCCUCGAGAUCCUCAACAAGGGCGAGCUGCAGGUCGGCGAGAAGGAGCGCGCCGCCCAGAUGGACCGCGUCCACAACGAGGUCAUCGGCAUCGUCGCCAGCAAGCUCGUCGACCCGCGCACCAAGCGCGUCUACACCACCGGCAUGAUCGAGAAGGCCCUCGACAUGCUGAGCUCGCAGGCCCACCAGGUGGACAAGAGCGCCGCCGGCAGCGGGGCCGCCACGCCGGCCACGGGCGACGACGCCGAGGCGAAGCCGAGAGCCAAGGAGCAUAACUGGACCGGCGUCGUCACGACGAAGAGCGCGAAGAGCCAGGCCCUCGAGGCCAUGAAGGCCCUGAUCUCCCACCAGCCCAUUCCCGUUUCUCGCGCACGCAUGCGGCUCAGGAUUACCUGCUCGACCAACGUACUGAAGCAGGCGGUCAAGGCUCCGGCGGCGGCGAAGGGCGAAGAUGGGGAGGGCGAGCAGAAGGCACCAGGGACGGUGAAGGACAAGAUCCUGAGUUACGUAGAGCAGGUCGAAAACCAGGACGUGCUGGGGUCUGAGUGGGAAGUGGUGGGGUUCGUCGAGCCGGGCGCCUUCAAGGGCCUUUCUGACUUUGUGGGGAAUGAGACGAAAGGGCAAGGACGAGUCGAGGUGCUUGAUAUGGCAGUAACCCACGAGGAUUGA